AUGUUGAAUACCCUUGCUUCUGUCAUCUCGUCCCUUCUGUCAUCUCGUCCCCGCUCCGUACCUUCCCGUCUUCUUCCCCUCCCCUUACCCCUCCCCUUACCCCUCCCUUACUCCUCCCCUUUCCCCUCCCCUUACCCCCUCCACUUUCCUUUCCUCCCACCCCUCCCCUUUCCCUCCCCGUUCCCCUCCCCGUCCCCUUCCCUUUCCCCUCAACGCACCGUCCCCUUUCCCCCCCCGUCCCCUCCCCUCACCCACCUCUCACCCUCCCCGCACCCUCCCCUUCCCCCCCCUCCCCCCCCCCCCCGCACCACCCGUCCCGCCUCUCCCCCCCAACCCAUUCCCCCACCAGCGAAGGACGGACGGUCGAGGCAGUUUGGCUUCGUGGGGCUGAGAUCGGAGGAGGAGGCAGCAGCGGCGAUCGCCUACUUCAAUCGCUCCUUCAUGGACACGUUUCGACUCACAUGCGAGUUCGCCAUGCCCAUCGGCCACACGGCGCUGCCCCGUGCAUGGAGCAAGCACACGCAGGCGAAAGAUACCAAGGGCGAGGGGAAGGCGGGUGAACAGGGAGCGGCAGCAGCGGAAGGGGGAAAACAAGGCGGGAAAAAGGCAAGGGAUGGAGGGGACGGAGGGGAGGGUGGGGAGGGAGUGGAGGGAGUGGGAGGGGAGAAAGGGAAGAAGAAGGCAGGGAGGGUGGUGGGAGGGGUGGCUGUGAAGCAGGCAGCGCAGGAGGAUGAAGGAUUCAGGGAGUUUCUAGAGGUGAUGGAGAGGGGGGGGAAGAAGAAGGUGUGGGCGAAUGAUACUGUGGAUGGGGAUGGGGGGGGAGGAGGGGGAGUGGGGAAGGGGAGGGGUGGUGGGAGUGUGAGUGGAGGUGUCGUGGAGGCGGGGAGGGGAGGGAGGAAGAGAGGGGAGGGGGAGGAAGGGGAGGAGAGUGAUGAUGAUUUGUAUGGGGAUGUGAUUGUAGAGGGGGAUGGGAGUGAGGAGGAGGGGGAAGAGAAGGGGGACGGAGAUGGGGAGGAGGAGGAUGGGAGUGAGGGGGAGGAGGGGGAGGAGGGGGAGGAAGGGGAGGAAAAGGAGGAGGAGGAGGGUCUGAGUAAUUUGGACUACCUUAAGAAAAAGGUUGCUUCGAAUUGGAGUGAUGAUGACGAUGAUGAUGGUGAAGAGGAGGGAAAGAAGGAAAAAGUGGGGGGGGGCGUGGAAGAGAGUGAGGGAGAGGAGGACGGAGAUGUGGAGGAGGGGGACGAGGGGGGAGAAGAAGAGGAGGAGGAAGAGGAGGAAGGGGAGGAGAACGAGGACGAAGAGGAAGAAGGAGAACAAGGGGAUGAAGAGGAGGAAGGGGAAGGGGACUGUAACACGGAUGAUGUGGUGGAUGGAGCAGCAGCGGAGGAGGGAGGGGGGGCAGUGGUGGAUGGAGGGGCAGCGGAGGAUGUGAGGGAGACGGGCCGACUCUUCAUCCGCAACCUCUGCUACUCCGCCUCGGAGGACGACCUGCGCGCCCUGCUCGCCCCCUAUGGAUCGCUCGCAGAGGUGCAUCUGGUGGUGGACCGACACACCAAGCUCUCCAAGGGCUUUGCCUACGCGCUCUUUACUGUGCCUGAAGAUGCUGUCAGUGCCAUGAAGGCCCUCGACUCCUCCAUCUUCCAAGGCCGUCUGUUGCACGUGCUGCCCGCUCACAGGCCACCCCCCAAGAAGGACGAGGAUGCGCACCUGCACGCAAAAACGCUGAAGGAGAGGAGGGAGGAGGAGAGGAAGAAGCGCGAAGCAGGAGGGGACACCCGCGCUUGGAGCUCCUUCUAUAUGCGACCUGAUACGGUAGCUGAAGCAGUGGCGCAGCGGUAUGGAGUGGCAAAACGCGACUUACUCGACCCAUCAGCGAGUGACACGGCAGUGCGGCUUGCCUUAGGAGAGGCGCACAUAGUGGCGGACACCAAGCGCGCUCUGCUUGAUGCCGGCAUCGACGUGGCUCUCAUGGAGCAAUUCGCCACCGCCGCCACCGCUGCUGCCGCCAAGGCCGCUGCCGCUAAAGCAGCUGGGAAGGCGGAUGUUAAGGACAAUGGUGGUGGUGGUGGUGGUGGGAGCUUGGCGCGCAGCAGGAGUGUGGUUUUGGUGAAGAAUCUGCCGUUCAAGGUGGAGGCGGGGGAGCUGGUGGGGCUGUUCCAGCGGUUCGGACCGGUGGCGAGGUUUGUGCUGCCGCCCACCAACACAGUAGCACUGGUGGAAAUGGUGGACUCUGCAGAUGCCAAGAGGGCUUUCAAAGGCUUGGCUUAUAAGAGAUACCAGCAUGUUCCUCUGUACCUGGAAUGGGCACCAGAAGGAAUCUUCCUAGAACCCGCAGCACCGUCAGAUGCGCCAACCACAACAGCAGCAGCAGCUGCAGCAGCAGCUUCCAGGGAAGCGGGUAGGGGGCCAGGAGAGGGAGGAGCAAGAGAAGGGAAGGAGGGAGGCGGAGUGAAGAGUAUAAAGAAGCAGGGAGCAGUGGGGCUUUUGCCAGUGGUGAUGGAUGGGAAGGCGGCCAGGCGCAUGGCUGCUGAGGCGGAGAUGGUGGGGGGAGAGGGGGGAGUGGGGGGGAGAGAAGGGGGAGGAGAGGGGGCCGAGGGACAUACAGCGGAAGGGGAAGAAGAUGGACAGCCCACGAGCCACAGUGUGUUUGUGAAGAAUCUGAGCUUUGCCACGACAGAGGCGCAGCUGAAGGAGCACCUGGAGAAGCUUCUCAGAAGCAAGCACGCAGGGGCGGAUGGGGAGGGCCCAGCACUACGCAACGUCACGAUCAAGAAGCGGGUGCGGAACGGCAAGCAGCUGUCGAUGGGGUUCGGGUUCGUGGAGUUUGGAUCCGUGCUUGCUGCACACCGAGCGUGCAAGCUGCUGCAGGGCACCGUGCUGGAUGGACAUGCGUUGCUGCUGCAGCUGAGCAAAGGGGAGGCGAAGGAGGGUGAGGGGAAGGGGGAGGCAGCAGGGGCAGGGGGCAAGGGGAAGGAGAGCUCGACCAAAGUGAUCGUGCGGAAUGUGCCAUUUGAGGCCACCAAGAGGGACAUUCAGCAGCUGUUUGCACCUUUUGGGCAGCUCAAGAGCAUGCGGCUACCCCGCAAGUUUGACGGAGGGCACCGGGGGUUUGCGUUUGUGGAGUUUGCAACGAAGAGGGAAGCAGAGAGUGCCUUUGAUGCGCUCAAGAGCACUCACCUGUACGGCCGCCACCUCGUGCUUGAACGGGCCAAGGAGGGCGAGGGGCUCGACGAGCUACGUGCCAAAACUGCCGCCCAGUUUCUGGACGGCGGGGCGGGCGGCGUGCGGCAGAAGAAGCGCGCCAAGCUGGGGCAGGGCGUGGAUGACAGCGAUGUGGCGUUUCGGGAAAUGCAGUUUGGGUGA